AUGACAGUCGAACCAAAAGACCUCUCCAACACUCUCAGCAACCUCACCAUCAACCCCUCCACCACCCCCUCCAAACCCUUCUCUAGAGCCAAAAAAUCCAUAUCCCUCGCCGACUCCUGGGAAGACGAAGCCUCCUCUGGUUCCGACACCGAAACCGAAACCGACACUACUCAACCCCCAUCAACAGAAAAUACACUACGCCCCACCUCCUCUUCAUUCCCCUCCGCACCACCACCUACCCCUAUUUCUCCCCCUCCACCCAGCGAACACUUUCCACCUCCUCCUUCCUCUUCCUCCUCCAAGAAACCCAUCAAUUCCUCUGCACAAGAAUUCGAGAAUCCCUAUGGUUACCCCGGCCCCUCAUCCUCCUCCCCCAAUUCUGCGCGGGGCCCAGAACGCAGACAGGAAAAAACAGAUGCGGUAGCUCGAAGACUUAUAGCAGGUGCAUUGGGUGUUCGCGCACCGAAGAAGACAGAGGAACAGAGGGAAUAUGAACGGGUACAAAAGGAAAAGGAGAUGAAGAGGAGGAAGGAAGAGAAGGAAGAGGAAGAGAAGAGGAGGCAGGAAGCAGAGAAAAUAAAGAAAGGGGUGUGGGAUGAUUAG